CAUCUUUCGGCCGUCUUUCGCAUCGACGCAGACAUGGAUUCUGUGUCGCAAUCGUCGCGUGUUUUGGAAUACGAAAUCCAUUCUUUGCCCGCAAACAGGAAAAUCUUUAUUCGAAAUCCGAAUUCAAACGUGUUUUUCUUGACGACGAGGAAUGCGUGCAAACAAUACAUCAAACAAAUCUUUCUUUCGGCGCUUCUUCUCCUGCUUUCUCUGCUUUCGUUGACUUCCGCUCAGCGGCGCCGCAAUCGCGGGAAAGGCAAAGGGAAGUUGUCGUGUCACUUGAAGGACGUGGACAAAUGUCUCGAACCGCUGUCUUCGUUGCAAAAGGCCGACAAUCCCACGCAAAUCCUCGCCACAGCCGACGGCGUCGACCGUCUCUGCGGCACUCUGAAGGGCAAGUUCGGCGCGUGCGUCCGCGACUACUUCAAGAAGUGCGGAACUCCUCUUCAUCGCGAGAUUUCGGGUCUUAUUUUGGACCAAAUUCUCUUCCAUUCCAACGAUUUGUGCAAAAAAGGACCGAAACGCGAACGGUUCCUGCGAGUGUCGCCCUGCGUCCACGAGAAGGCGCUGUCGACGCGCGCCGUGAAGGACGAGUGCAACAACCGCUACAUCGCGACUCUCAACGCCGCCAACGCCCAAAACAACUCUCUGGCCAGCGUUUGCUGCGCUUUCAACUUCUGGCAAUCGUGUGUCGAAAGAGUGGCCCAAAAGGAGUGCGGGAAAGAGGGCGCCGACGCCGUCGCGUUCAUCGUGGACACCGUGUUCAUGGAUCUGCCGCACCUCACGUGUCCCGCCGGUCUCUUCCCGGCCGACAGCGACCAGUGCGCGGCUCUCGUGCUUCCGCGGGGCAAAAAAGUGAAGCUCUCGUCGGGAGAGUCGGGAGUCUCGCGCUAUAACGUCGCGCACGUGUUUUCCUUCAUGUUUUCCAAUUAA